UGUAAAUUCUUAUCAUCCCCGACGGGAAGAAUCCAAAGAGGUCAUCGUGGGAUAAACAUUAUCAGUACAUCCUCCGGUUACGUGUCGAUGUCGUGGACCUUCUCCUUCUCGUGUGGAGACAGUCGAACUCUAUCAUUUCAUUCUUCGUAUUUCUUCUUACCACUCAUCCCUACGUGCAAUUAAAAACAUUCAAAGAUCACCUAUGCUUUUUGAAUCCAAACAAGUUAGAAUUCAGAACAGGGAUUUCCCUUCAUCUUUCUUGUACGUUCUAUGAUUUUAGCGCCACAAGCUCUGUUUCAUGGCUGUCUGGCUCUCAAGGUCGGGAAAUGUCGCCCGACAUCUCAAUGGGAAAAUGGGUUCGUUGGGAAUUCUCAACCGCAGCUUGUUGAGUCACCCAGAACCAACCCACCAGCGCAAUUCUUUGCCCACCUCACCAAUUGAACAAAGUUACAGAAACCCAGCUGCAUUUCUUGGUAAUUCCGGGACUCUUUUCGCCGUUCGCCAUUUUGAAUCCAUCCAAGCUGAAACACAUCAUGAUUCACGGUACGACGAACACGAAAAUCAGCUCUUGGAUUUUCCUGGGGGAAAAGUGAAAUUCACUUCUGAUAUGAUAUUCAUAUCCGAGUCCCCUGACAAGCGGAUCAAAUGCUAUCGGGUACUAGACGACAAUGGGCGACAAAUUCCUGGCAGCAGUUUCCAACCUCUAAGCAAGGAAUUAUCUUUGAGAAUAUACAACGACAUGGUCACUCUUCAAACCAUGGACACCAUUUUCUAUGAAGCUCAGAGACAGGGAAGAAUUUCAUUCUACCUUACCUCAAAUGGAGAAGAGGCCAUCAACAUUGCAUCAGCUGCUGCCCUCGCCAUUGAUGACAUUGUUUUGCCUCAGUACAGGGAGCCAGGAGUUCUCUUAUGGCGUGGCUUUACCCUGAAAGAAUUCGCAGACCAGUGCUUUGGGAACAAAGGUGAUUGUGGGAAAGGCCGUCAGAUGCCAAUCCACUAUGGGUCUAGAAAGCACAAUUACUUCACCGUAUCAUCACCGAUUGCUACACAGCUUCCCCAAGCUGUGGGUGCAGCAUAUUCUCUGAAAAUGGAUAAGAAAGAUGCAUGUGUGGUCACUUAUUUUGGGGAUGGUGCCACAAGUGAGGGAGAUUUCCAUGCUGCAUUAAAUUUUGCAGCAGUAAUGGAGGCCCCAGUUAUUUUUAUUUGUCGCAACAAUGGUUGGGCUAUUAGUACAUCCACAUCAGAACAAUUUCGAAGUGAUGGUGUUGUAGUUAGAGGUCAGGCUUACGGAGUGCGUAGUAUUCGAGUGGAUGGGAAUGAUGUCAUUGCUGUUUAUAGUGCAGUUCAGAGAGCCCGUGAAAUGGCUAUCAGUGAACACAGGCCCAUCUUAAUAGAGGCACUUACCUAUAGAGUUGGGCACCACUCUACUUCAGAUGAUUCAACCAAAUAUCGUGCAGUUGACGAAAUCGAACACUGGAGAUCGGCACGAGACCCUGUUACUAGAUUUGGAAAAUGGAUUGAAUUGAACGGUUGGUGGAGUAAUGAAAAUGAAUCAGAGCUUAGGAGGAAUAUGAGGAAGAAGAUAUUGCAUGCAAUUCAGGUUGCAGAGAAGGUGGAGAAACCUCUUCUUGCUGAUUUGUUCACAGAUGUCUAUGAUCACCCCCCAUCUAAUCUCCUUGAACAAGAAAGACUACUUAGAGAGACAAUCAAGAGACAUCCACAGGAUUACCCUCCUGAUGUGCCUGUCUAGAUCAUCAUAACAAAAGCAAGGAUAUGUAGAGUAAUAUUUUUGGAAAAUCUUGGGAUCUUCCGGCAUCUAUGUAUAUAAUUGUAAUUACUAUUUCCUGAAUUCAAAGCAUGUCUGAUCUUGGGGAUUACAUGGGCAUCUGAUGUAAACCAGAAUUGGGGAAGAAUGAUGCAAAUAUUAAGAAUGUUAACAAACAAUAAAAAUUAAUACAGGAAAUCUCCAUUUCAUU